CUCGCCCCCUCUUCGUCGCCGCCGCCGAGUUCUUCUCCGGCAGCCGAGCGGGUGAUGCGCCAGCAACAGAUGCCAGGCGCCAAGAUUGGCAUCCUUAGGCCACGCUGAACGCCUGAAGAAGCGAGAAGGAAGCAGAGAAGGGCCGGGAAGGCGGGGACAGGAGGUGCCGGAGAUCCCCCCCGCCCAAUCCCCUCAAAAAAAGGCAGAAGCCGCCGCUCCCACCGGAGAGCUCCGCGCCCCAGAGAUCGCCGGCUCGCUGCCACUGCCGCGGGCGCCCAGGUCUCCCCAGCCAUGCCAGGCCCGGCCGUGGACGCGGAGAAGGUCCCCUUCCGCAGCGCCAAGGAGGAGAUCCGUGCGGGGGUCGGGGUCGAGGGCUCGGAGGGCGGCGGCGGCGGCGGCGGCCCGGAGAGGCCGGGCGCGCGCGGGCACCGGCAGGACAUCGUCUGGAGGAACGUCUUCCUGAUGAGCCUGCUCCACUUGGCGGCCGUGUACUCCCUAGUGCUCAUCCCCAAAGCCCAGCCUCUCACUCUGCUCUGGGCCUACUUCUGCUUCCUCCUGACUGCUCUGGGCGUGACAGCUGGUGCCCAUCGUUUGUGGAGCCACAGGUCCUACAAGGCCAAGCUGCCCCUGAGGAUAUUUCUGGCUGCUGCCAACUCCAUGGCUUUCCAGAACGACAUCUUCGAGUGGUCGAGGGACCACCGAGUCCAUCACAAGUACUCCGAGACAGACGCUGACCCGCACAAUGCCCGCCGGGGCUUCUUCUUCUCCCACAUCGGCUGGCUGUUUGUCCGCAAGCAUCGGGACGUCAUUGAGAAGGGGAGGAAGCUUGAUGUCACUGACUUGCUGGCUGACCCCGUGGUCCGGUUCCAGAGAAAGUACUACAAGAUCACCGUGGUGCUCAUGUGCUUCGUGGUCCCCACGCUGGUGCCCUGGUACAUCUGGGGGGAGAGCCUGUGGAACUCCUACUUCCUGGCCUCCAUCCUCCGCUACACCAUCUCACUCAACGUCACCUGGCUGGUCAACAGCGUCGCCCACAUGUACGGAAACCGGCCCUAUGACAAGCACAUCAGUCCUCGGCAGAACCCGCUCGUCACCCUGGGCGCCAUCGGUGAAGGUUUCCAUAACUACCAUCACACCUUUCCCUUUGACUACUCUGCGAGUGAAUUUGGCUUAAAUUUCAACCCAACCACCUGGUUCAUUGACUUCAUGUGUUGGCUGGGGCUAGCCACUGACCGCAAACGGGCAACCAAGCAGAUGAUCGAGGCCCGGAAAGCCCGGACUGGAGACGGUAGCGCCUGACUCUGGACCCUCCAUCCGCGCCCGCUGUCAACGACGCCUCGGUUCAUGGCCUUUGUUACCACACUUCUCUUGUUCAUUGGAUCGUGGGAGGGGGCGCAAGCUGGGGAGAGAACAGAAUCCACACAGUUUGGGGAUUUUUUUCGUUGGUCUCAAAAUAAUGUCAAGAUACAAACUAUCAACGAAAAGAAUUUUUUAAAAGUCAGUGUAACUACGCUUUAACACUAGAACGCAGACAUGUGAUUUAAUCGCUAUAGCUACAACAUGUCAUUCAAACAUACAUCGUCAUGUGCUUGUACUUGUACGUGAUGUUAACCCUGACAGGAUGAAGGAAUUUCAUAUUCUUUCAGUGUGAUUCAGGAGAGCCUUUGUUUUCUCUUUCUGUUUUAAACCCAACCUUAUUUUUAAACAGACUAUCUGAAGGAGCAGAGAGGCAGGGUAGAAGGCAAAAGAGAGGGUCUAAGUAGUAACGAAAGAAUGUUUCUGCUUUGUAAUGAUCGUGUGUGUUUGUUGUUGUUUUAAAGUAAGAAAAUUGAAAAUGUUAAAAAAUGAAAAUACAGGAAAUGGCUCUCUUAUUUUGUUGCCCUGUUUCCAGCUUGUUAAUGUUCCACUUUCUUUGCUUCAAGGGGUCUGUUCACGGCUCAGCUGGUUUUGUGUCCUGAGCUGUCCGUCCAUCUGAGCCUAUAAAUCAGUGCCUGUUUUAAGUGUUUGAUUUUGUUCUCUUUGCUAUUGUCAUUUUAAGGUGUAGAACUCAGAAGUGCCAGACAUCAAAUGAAGCUCAAAUGAAGCUCUCAUUUAAAUGUUUAGACACCUAAUUUAUAUUCUAAUUGAUCCUAGCCACUGAUGCAUGUACUUUACCUACUCCUGCUAAAUAAGCCUAUUAAUUUUCCAUACCAGGUCAUCAGAUCUGAAUAACCAACAGUUAUCUAGAACUCAGUGUCUACAAAUGUUUCACCUGCAUGCAGCCUUCAUUGAUUUUGCAGCAAGACAUAAAGUGAUCAUUAUGUAGCCUCUGGAUUAAAAAAAAAAAAAUCUGUGUGUUAAGUUGCCUUGUAAAGAGCAUGUCGAAUUAAUGGGACAGCGUGCCCUUUGUGUUAGAUGUUAGAGCAAAAGAGAGCCUUAUAGUUUGGCAUCAGAGCACUUCGAAGAUAGUGCUGCAAAGAUAGGGAAGAUGUAGGAUUUAAAUUUAGAUUUUUGAAAAGAAGUGACGCCGGUAGGGAGUUGUCAUAAUAAAGUUCUUCAUCCAGCAGGUGUUUAACGGUGUUAUUUUUGCCAUUAAUAAUGUGUAAACUAUGAGUGAUUCACAAUAAAUGAUUAUGAAUUCA